UGUUCUGUGUCUGCAAGUGUAGCGUAGAAGAAGAAAAAGACAUGGCGGCCCCGACGGACCACAUGAAAAUGCUCCAAUUUUUAAAACUAAUCGGCCAGCUGAAAAGGGUCCUUCGGACAGGCUGGGUGUACAAGAAGGUGAAGGACCCAGAGAGUGUGUCGGACCACAUGUACCGCAUGGCACUCAUGUCUCUGACCAUCACAGACCCCACGGUGGAUAAGGACAAGUGUAUCAAGCUGGCUCUGGUUCAUGACAUGGCCGAGUGCAUCGUGGGAGAUAUCGCACCGUCGGACAACGUCAGCAAAGCUGAGAAACACCGGCAGGAGGAUGCAGCCAUGAGGCAGCUUUUGAGUCUCAUGCCAGAGAGCCUCGCACAGGAGAUGUAUGCAUUAUGGGAGGAAUAUGAGCAUCAGAGCACCACGGAGGCCAGGCUGGUGAAAGAGUUUGACCGUCUAGAGAUGAUCCUGCAGGCUCACGAGUACGAAGAGCUGGAGGGAGCGCCGGGGAGACUGCAGGAGUUUUUCGACUCCACUCAGGGUUGUUUCCAGCAUCCCGAUGUGCUUCAGCUGGUCGUGGCUUUGAAUGAAGAAAGGAGAAGUCACAUGGCAGAAAAAAACAACUCUGGGAACUCGAAAACCAUGUCACACGCAACAUGACCACAUUUUUGUUUUAAUAUCACGGAGGGAAAAAAAAAAAAAAAAAACAGUUGGCAAUGUGAAAUGGACACACAAGUCCGGAAAAAAACAAAACAAUGCGCUUUGUGUUAAAUAUGUUUGUAUAACGUUUUAUUAUAAAACGGGACCUGAGAAGUGCUUGAUUUUAGCACAACAUAUACGAGACCUUCAUUGUGCUAAAUAGUUAUUCUUGAGACACAAAAAAAAACUAUUAUAGACUGAGAUGAACUAAAGCAAGCUGAAAGAUGGAUUGUAUGUUUCUCAACUAGGGAAAAGAUUGAUAAAAAUUGCUUUUCCUAAAUAAAACAAGUUGUCAUAACCAAUCCCAAUGCAUAAAAUUAUUAGUCCUUAUUCUUAUAUUCUGUUAUAAACCUAUAAUAUAUAUUGUACUUUUUUCUGAAUUUAAAAUUGGAGAGAUUAGUUGACCGAGAACAUUUUGCACAACUCUUUUUUUCCCCUUUAGUGUUAUUUAAUUAGCCUGAGGGUUUGAUUUGAUUCUGUGUGUCAUCGUGGCAGUCAUGAGAGAAAUCCUCAAAAAACUUUUAAAUGACAUUACAGAAGCACAAAAUGCUCAAAAUUAACUACACAUGGGCCCUUAGUGAACACAUAAAACACAAUCCACCAUUCGAAAAUGUUUUUUUUUUUUGUGCGUCGAGGUGCGUUACUUACCAAAGAGUAGAGUAUUAAAGCCAUACUGAAAAAUGACACUACCAGAUUAAAGUCGUAAUCUUAUGCGAAUAGUCAUAUAUUUGAGAUAAAUGCUUGUAUCGUUUGAGAAAAAAAGUUACACAUUUUCAGGAUUGUAGUCGUAAUAUUACGAUAAAGUAUAAAAAUAUAUUUGAGGAAAAAGUAUAUUUUUUUGAUAUUGAGUAUUUGAGAAAAAUGUAUAUAUACAAUGACUUCUUGAAAGAGCUACAAGAAAAAAAGUUUGCAGAAUUUUAUGACUAAUCUUGAAAAUAUAACUUAAUUCUCGUAAAAAUUACUACUUUAAUUUCGAAAAUCUAUGACUCUUUGUAAAAUCCAAGAGUUUUUGUAAAAUCUGUGGUACCAAAAAUAAGUAAAAUUGCUUAAGUAAUAUAAUUUAGAAAAUAUACUUUUUCCUCGGAAGUUGUCCAACUUUAAAAUAUAUACGACAGUUAUGACAAGCCGAAAGGAAAGUCUCAAGUACGCAAUGUUUUUCCGAAAUAUAAAAUUUUACUCGUAAUAUUACAACGUAAUCUCAAAUGUAUGACUUUAUUUACAUAUGAUUUAGAAUUUGACAAUAUUGAACUCUUUUCCUGAAAAUGUACAAUUUAAUCUCAAAUAUGCGAUGUUUGUCAGAAUAUUAUGACUAUAAACAGUAUACAACUAUUUUUAGGAAAAUGAUUUAUGCUAUUUUGACUAACCUCAAAUAUAUUACUUUUUAAUCUUCGACUUUAUUCCAGUAAAAUUAGAAUUUAAAUCUCACAGUUUAAUUAUUUGUUUUCUUUUUAGCGUGGCCCCAAUACUCUUCUAUAGUAAGUACCGAA